AUGAGCCGGUUCGGGGGUCGCGUGCGCGAGUACCCCGCCGUGUCCAUCGACCGCUUCGACCGCGACAACCUGCGCGCGCGCGCCUACUUCCUCUCGCACUGCCACAAGGAUCACAUGAAGGGGCUGCGGGCGCCCGCCCUGAAGAGGAGGCUGGAGGGCAGCUUGAAAGUUAAAUUAUACUGCUCACCGGUAACUAAGGAAUUGCUGUUGACUAGCUGGAAAUACAAGUUUUGGCAGAAUCACAUUGUUGCAUUGGAAGUUGAAACUCCAACUCAGAUUUCUUUAGUGGAUGAAACAUCUGGUGAGAAAGAAGAUCUAGAGGUGACACUUCUACCAGCUGGUCACUGUCCAGGAUCAGUCAUGUUUUUGUUCGAAGGUGAGAAUGGCACUGUGCUGUAUACAGGAGAUUUCAGGCUUGCAAAAGGAGAAGCAGCCAGAAUGGAGCUUUUGCAUUCAGGGACCAGAGUAAAAGACAUCCAGAGUGUGUAUUUGGACACUACUUUUUGUGAUCCCAGAUUUUAUCAUAUACCAAGCCGGGAGGAAUGUUUAAGCGGGAUCUUAGAGUUAGUGCGAAGCUGGACCUCACUGACUCGCUAUCACGUUGUGUGGCUGAACUGCAAAGCUGCUUACGGAUAUGAAUAUUUAUUCAUAAACCUCAGUGAGGAACUUGGAAUCAAGGUGCAUGUGAACAAACUUGAUAUGUUCAGAAACAUGCCAGAAAUCCUCUACCAUGUUACUACAGAUCGACACACUCAGAUUCAUGCCUGUCGACAUCCUCGGGAUGAUGACUACUUCCGAGGGAACAGACUGCCCUGUGGGAUGACUUGCCAAAAUGGAACUCCCUUGCACGUAAUCAGCAUCAAACCCUCCACUAUGUGGUUUGGAGAAAGGAUCAAGAAAACCGAUGUAAUAGUGAGGACUGGGGAGAGUACAUACAGAGCUUGUUUCUCUUUCCACUCUUCAUACAGCGAGAUUAAGGAUUUCCUGAGCUAUAUCCGUCCUGUGAAUGUGUAUCCCAAUGUACUGCCAGUGGGUGGGACGGAAGACAAAGUUAUGGAAAUAUUAAAGCCAUUAUGCAGGUCGUACAGGAGAAACAUGGAACCCAGGUACAAGCCCUUAGGAACACUGAAGAGAGUCCACAAGAGAGACUUAUCUGAUACAGACGAAGAUGAUCUAUUUGAUUCAGAAUUAACUUCUGCAAGGCCUAAGAUUCCAAAACAGCAGAGAGAAGAGAGCAGGCCCUCCGGCACAGGACAAUCUGAAAAUGCUGAAGGAAACAUUAAUGAGAGCACAGAAAGUUACAAAGCGACCACAGCUUACACCUCCCUCAAGGUAGACUUCGUGGACUGUGAGGAAUCAAAUGAUGAUGAUGAUGAUGAAGAUGACGAAGAAGAAUCUGAAAAAAAUACAGUUCAAGUUCUUUCCCAUGAGCCAGAUGCCACUUCCACAUCAAAUUUCAAUGGAUUAACUAGUGACCAACAGGAGUCUAAUGCCGAUGUCCCUCGCUGGGAUGCAUUUUUUAAGUGUAACAAACUAGAAGAAGGCUGUGAAAAUGAGGACAACUUCCCAUCUUCAGCAGAUGCUGGUGGGUCCCAGUCACUCUUCAGUGAUUCGGAUGGAGUGAGCGACUCAACACACAUCUCCUCCCAAAAUUCUUCUCAGUCAACGCACAUCUCGGAGCAGGGCCAGGGCUGGGAUAGCCAAAUGGACACAGUACUCAUUACCUCCCAAGAGAGGAACGCCUUGGACUUCAGCUGCUUCAGCAAAGGUGGGAGCAGAACGGUUGUUUCUGUAUUGCAGGAGACUGCCAAAGACAGCCAACCUGACAGCAGCAGGCAGAAGCCACCGGGUCAAAAUAGAUCUUGUGCCUACGAUGCUGCCUGUGACUUGAAAAGCAGAGGCUGCGAGAAAGUUGCAGAAGCCGGCACUGCUCACGUUCAAGAUGUGCUGGUGGAAAUCAGUGACAGCUCCAGGACUCCUGAUCUAGAACUGAGGAGGGACUCUCAGAGCUCCUCCGACUUUGAAAUUCCCUUGACUCCUGAUGCUGAAGUGCCUCAGCCAGAUAAACUGCACUGUUUAUAUAAGAAGCUAGCAGCAGGUGAAAACAUACUCGAGAAAAAAGUCUCCUGAUGACAGGUAUAACUGAUCACAUCAUGAUAACAAAUACUGAAAUUUGUUUAUUAAGCCCUGAAUUAUUUUUCUCUUUAGUGUUGAUUACUACCUGCAGCUAUGCUAAUUCAUGCCAUUUUUUCAGAAAUAUCUUACGGUCAGAAC